UGUAUGGAUUUUAUAAUAAAAUGGAGACGAUGUGGAGUACUCAUUGUUAUGUUUAUUUUGAUCAUUUUUUUUAGCUAUUUUGUUUUGGUUUCAGAUCAUUUUUUAAGUUUUUCAUUUGGUUUUUUCAUCGUGACGUGUGAAUUUGUGAUUUCAUUUCAUUGAUAUUUCUUCCGCAAAAAUUGGAAAAGUCCAAAAUUUUUCAAGUCCUCAAAUUAACUAUUGGAGAAAUGCAUAGCAGUUAAGGAGCAACUCGGGGCAUGUCUCUCACUCUUGAUUUGGAGAAAUCAAAACCUACACGGAGAAAAAUAUUCCAGAAAAAUUACGGAACAUUCCAGGUAAUCCGCCCGCGAGAAUCGUUUUCGGGGAGUAAAUCUAGAACUUUCAGUAAAUUUUCUUGUUCUGUCACCGAAAAAAUACGAAUAAAUCCCAUAUUUUUCUGGAUGUUUUAAAAUCGAACGGAACUUCAAGACUUAUUAUCCCUCAGAACAGAAAAUUCAUAAUUUUCCCGCAAAAUUGUUGGAACUGAUGACUCGAUCCAAAUUCUGUCUUAGGAAACCUGUAGGGUUAAUUUGAAAACUGAGAACUACAUUCAAUUACGAACGGUAUUUCAAAUAAUUUUGUUUAAUUUUCCCGACCCAACUAAUCAAACACUCAAGCAUGGCAAAUAAUUCGACGUGUCAGUGAACCAAAAAAUUCGUUACAAUUCCAAAGAACUAUUACAGAAUUUUUUCAAUGGGCCGCAUUGGUUAAUUUUAUCUCAAUGUUUAAUUUUAUCUGUUUCUUAUCUUGUCUUAUGUUUCUUUUUCCGUCUAUUUGAAAACGUGUCAAUUUUGAUGAACAGAAAUAUUGAAAACAAUACGGUUUCCGUGUGACGAUAAUGUCUUGGAUGAGGUGUAUGAUUCGCAUUCCAUGGAAGAAUCGCAGACAGUUUGAAAGUCUUGACAGGUUCUCUUGUUCACUUGCAAUGAAAUUUUUGCACUUCCUUGGUGUUCUGUUCGUCGUACUCUGUACCAUCAACUUCUCAAUGCAACAGAAUCGCUGGAGACAGAGCCAGUGCAAACAUCAUUGUCGAGAUAAAAAACUCUCAUUCGCUUAUGUCGACGCAGACAAUUAUUAUCCAUAUGGAGACGACGUUAUAUACUAUCGUUGUCACUGUCUGGAUAAGUCGAUCCGACGUCCUGCUCCCAAUUUAUACCGAUUUGUAAUUAAAGCUGAAAGGCAGCCUCGCAAACUUGAAUGUCUUAAAAAUGUUUAGUUAUACUGACGUAUGACUGCUGUGAACGCUCGAGUUUUGAUCGUGCAACACUCCAUUUAACAAGAUGCUCCGCCAUCACUGUUUCAUCGUCAUCUACCUUGCCGACAUUGCUCAGCUGUAACAUCAAUGUUGUCAAUAUUAUACAACCGCAAUGGCGGCCACUUUUUUGCAGAUCUUUUCAAAAAUCAAUCACGAAUUUCUAUUGUAUUGUAGUGCCCUUUUCAAUCAAAGCUAACGCAGUCACAUUUUCCCUAAGACUAUGUGUUACACAAAAAUGUUUUCAAUAAUUAUUAUCUCGCUAAAAUGGAUGGACGGGAUGGUCGAAAAUGUGACUAGCAUAUGGUUCAUGCUCUCAGUUAUUGUAUAAAAAAAAUAUAGACUUUACUGAAUUUUUUCGGAAUCGGUUGAACAUCCUUCAAAUUUAAAAAAUUGGAUACACACUUCGGCCAAAAAAAAGGCUCAGAUCACUUCUUUGUCAGUCUCGGCUUCGCCUCGACCAACAAUUUCAGGUGAUCUGUAACAUUUCUUUUUUUCCAGAUGGAGAGAAAUAUUCAAUAAAAAUUACGGAACAUUUCACGCAAUCCGUCAGUGAAAAUCUUUCUCGAGGAAUAAAUCUGGAACUUUGAGUAAAUUUUCGGGUUCUGUCACCGAAAAAAUACGAAAAAGUCACGUAAUUUUUCAAGAAGCUUUAAAAUCGAAUGAAACUUCAAGAUUUAUUAUGCCUCAGAAUUAAAAAAUUCUUGGAUGUUGAAGAAUUUUGACGAAACAUUCCGGAAAAAUUACGAAACGUUCCGUAAAAAUCGCCACCUCAUGGUGAUUCAUGGCUAGCCAAAAUAAAUUUUUAAAAAUCAGUUCUCAGCUGAGGACAGCUGUGCUAUACACGCAAGAUUUCGUGAGAGUUUUUUGUGAUGUGAAUAAAAAUUAUUGUGAUCUUGUCAUAAAAAUGAUGAGAAAACGAAGGAUUCAGUUGAGAUUAACAUGCCCCAGAAAUAAAAAUGCGACGGAUUUUACCAUUUUUUCAUAAAUUUUUCCAGAUACAUACUCUGGCUGAGCAAAAUUUUGUGAGGAACUCACAAGAGAAUAAAAUUAUUUCCUUUGUUUAGGAUGUUUAGGUAAUUUAGGGAAUAAUGUCUAAGUUAAUAAUGGAUGACAUAAGAGUGAAACAAUUUUAUGUGGAAUAUUGAUACCGGGAAUAAAUUAUUGGUACACUGAGAAAAAUAUUCCAUAAAAAUUACGUGACUUUUCAAUAAUUCCAGAGUGAAAUAUAGCUGUAGGAAAUUUUCUGGAAGUGUCACGUAAUUUUUAUCUGAAGUCAUGGAAUUUUUCUCUGGCGUUCCAUAAUUUUUAUCUGAAUUAUUUGAGGAAUUACGAUACCGUCACAUAAAUUUUUCGAGUCAAACUGUCAUAGAAAACCUGUAGGGUUAAUUUGAAAACUGAGAUAACUACAUUCAAUUACGAACGGCAUUUCAAAUGAUUUUGUUUAAUUUUCCCGACCCACCUAC